UGAGAUUUAGAUAAUUUUUUUGUAUUUUAAACUUUAUUGGUUAUUAAUAAUUGGUUACGUAAAAUUUACAUGGAUUUGGCUUAAUGAUAUUGUAUUUGAAACUACUUAAAAAGAAGUAUUUAAAAUAAAUUCUAUAGUGUUAAUGUCAUUGUCCACAAGAAAAAAGAAAAGUUGAAACAAAUGAGGGAAAAAAAUCAAACACUUUACGAAGUCCAUUGUAACUGUGAGCAGUAGGAACAGGAGUAUCGUCCCAGCAUCAUGAGAAAAUGAGAAGUGAAGAAAGGGACAGUUUAAGUUUCACUUACAACACAACCCAAAAUACAUAUAAAAAAAAAGAAAGUACAUUUGACCGUGAAUCCCAUAAAACAUAAGUACUUAAAACAAAAAGACAACCAAACAAAGCAAGAGGCCACGAGAGAGAGAGAUACAGAAACAGCAGAAGAAGAGAAGAAAGAAGCAGGAGGAGCAGAAACAACAACAGCCAGCAGUAACACAAGAAAACCAAAAGUGGGUCACAGCAACACACGUCGUCUUCAGGCAAAAUCCAUGUGCCCACAUGGCUGUUUUAUAGAUUUUGGACAGAGAGACCCAGAAUCAGAAGUAGCUCAAACAAGAAUAGAAAGUGAAGAAAAACUAAGGAAAAGUUGGAGUUGAGAAGAUGAAGGAGAAAAGUGAGAGUGGUGGAGGAGGAUAUGUAAGAGCAGAUCAGAUAGAUCUGAAGAGCUUGGAUGAGCAACUCCAAAGGCAUCUUAGUAGAGCAUGGACGAUGGAGAAGAACAAGAACAGGAAAGAGGAAGGAGAGGAAGGUGGUGGAGGUGGAGAACAGCUAAGGCCAAGCAACACCAUGAGAAGACAAGAGUGGGAGAUUGAUCCUUCUAAGCUUAUCAUCAAAGGUGUCAUAGCUCGUGGCACUUUUGGUACUGUUCACCGCGGUAUUUAUGAUGGCCAAGAUGUUGCUGUUAAACUCCUUGACUGGGGAGAAGAGGGCCACAGAUCAGAGGCUGAAAUAGCUUCACUUAGAGCAGCUUUUACACAAGAAGUUGCUGUGUGGCAUAGACUUGAUCAUCCUAAUGUAACAAAGUUUGUAGGGGCAACAAUGGGCUUGUCAGAGCUGAACAUACAGACGGAAAAUGGUCAUCUUGGCAUGCCAAGUAAUGUUUGUUGUGUUGUUGUUGAAUAUUGUCCUGGGGGUGCACUGAAAUCUUACCUGAUAAAGAAUCGGAGAAGGAAGCUGGCCUUUAAAGUAGUUAUUCAACUGGCACUAGAUCUUGCACGAGGGUUGAGCUAUCUUCAUUCCAAGAAGAUUGUCCAUAGAGAUGUCAAAACAGAAAACAUGCUUCUGGACAAGACACGUACUGUGAAAAUAGCUGAUUUUGGGGUUGCUCGCCUUGAGGCUUCAAAUCCUAAUGACAUGACUGGAGAGACUGGAACACUUGGUUACAUGGCCCCAGAGGUCCUUAAUGGCAAUCCCUACAAUAGAAAGUGUGAUGUGUAUAGUUUUGGUAUCUGCUUGUGGGAGAUAUACUGCUGUGACAUGCCAUAUCCUGAUCUCAGCUUCUCAGAAGUGACAUCUGCUGUUGUCCGCCAGAAUCUGAGGCCGGAGAUACCUCGUUGCUGUCCGAGUUCUCUUGCAAAUGUAAUGAAGCGAUGUUGGGAUGCCAACCCUGACAGACGGCCGGAGAUGGAUGAGGUGGUGUCCAUGAUAGAGGCUAUUGACACAUCGAAGGGCGGAGGCAUGAUCCCGCACGAUCAGCCUCAGGGUUGUUUGUGUUUCCGGAGAUAUCGCGGACCUUGAUAUUGUUACACCCCCUUGAAUCGACAGAUGCUUUCAGGGUAGAGUCCAAUUUAUUCAUAUUUAAUUGAAUUGGAAAGAUGGCAAUGUAAGAGCUGAAGGUAGGAAAUUGUGGAGUUUAUGCUUAAAGAAAUUCCGCAAUAUCUGCUAUUCGAACAUGCAUUUUGUAAAGCUUUUCUUUCUUUUUCUCUUC